AUGGCAAACCUCAAUUCGAAUACGUGGUAUCACGUAUUCCCGAACCAGAAUGAAAAACAGGCGAUGGUGGGCUCGAGUCUCUACAGAGAUGGACAGUACGGGACAGUUUUCUUCAAAGAGGCCAAUCUGACGCAACCGAUGUUCAAAUGGCAGAUGUUUGGCAUCAACGCUACCACUUAUGUUAUUCGUUCGCAGGACGGACGAGACAAUGCCUUUCUUGGGACCAAAUACGAGCCGAAGGAGAAAGCACCAGGUGGGACGCAAGCCUUAAUGGUCAGGGACAACUUAACUGAUUCCUCCAUCUACUGGACGAUUGAACCCUGGGGCGAUGGAACGUUCAAGAUGUACAAUGGUGCCAAUUGGACAUCGUGGAAUCUUGAAAAGCAGGGUAACGGAGCCGCUGUUUUGACUUCAAACACCACCGUGGACCGAGGGGGUCAAAGGUUCUCUUUCAAUUCUAUCGAACCUAUUAAUCAGUCAAGAUUCUCAACAACUAAUCUACCUACACCCACAAGCGCAUCCGCUGGUACGGCAGAAUCCUCAGCUACUGCAACAGGAACAUCAGCCACGGUGCCAAAUAACCCUGCAUCGAACUCUGGGUCGAACAAUUUAUCUACUGGCGCAAAAGCUGGUAUAGGUGUCGGUGUUGUCAUCGUUGUUGUUCUGGUAUUCGCAGCCAUCGGGUUUGCAUACCUGCGACGGAGGAAACAACGAGGUCAAUCGUUACCAACGACACUGAAGCAAGAAAGCCUCAUUCAUGAAGCGAACGCAGAAACGACAACAUAUGAAUUGCACCCCGAAAAUGCUGCCAAGCAUGAAAUGCCGGGAGUUCUGCAUCCACCACCUGUAGAAUUACCGGCCGCUGUCAUGCACCGAAAUGCAUUGUGA